AAUCCACAUUAGUUAUCCAUAUUCAGCAUUCAUACUCUGUUUUUCUUCUUACUUUCUAAGAGUUGACUUCAAAUCCUGUCAUCGAUCGAACACGGUACGUCAAUGGCUUCUUCUUCAUCAUCCUCCACUUCUCAAUGGGUUUACGACGUGUUCCUCAGCUUCAGGGGGGAAGAUACUCGUCGUAAUUUUGUUGCUCAUCUCAAUGCAGCACUCUCUAAUGCUGAAAUCAACACUUACAUCGAUGAUCGGAUUCAAAAAGGGACAGAUCUGGAACCCGAACUAUUCCGAGCCAUUGAAGACUCUCGUAUUUCCAUCGUCGUCUUCUCCGAAAACUACGUCCAUUCUAGUUGGUGUCUUAAAGAGCUUGAACAAAUCAUGAAAUGCCGCGUAAAUUGUGGCCAGAUUGUUGAGCCCGUUUUUUACCACGUUGAACCAUCGGUUUUGCGUCAUCAAGCAGGUGAUUUUGGAAAAGCUCUGGAAGAAACUGCUAAAAGAAGUUCCUCAGAAGGGGAAAAGAUGAAUACUGUGUUGUCCACCUGGCAGAUUGCACUAACUGAAGUUGCAAAUAUAUCUGGUUGGGAUACAAAAAAUUUCAAGGAUGACGUUGAACUAAUUUCUCAAAUUGUUAAAGACAUUAAGAGAAAGCUAAAGAACAGAUUAUUGAAUAUUACCAAAUUUCCAGUUGGAUUAGAUACCCAUGUGCAACAAAUUAUUGCAUUUAUUAAAAAUCAAUCAAGCAAAGUUUGCUUGAUAGGGAUCUGGGGGAUGGGUGGAUCAGGUAAAACAACAACAGCCACAGCCUUCUACAACCAAUUUCAUGGGAAAUUCGUGGUUCACAGAUUCAUUGAAAAUAUUAGAGAAGUUUGUGAAAAGGAAGGUAGAGGGAAUAUUCAUUUAAAACAACAACUUCUUUUGGAUAACAUGAAAACAAUUGAGAAGAGAUUUAUGAGGGAAAAGGCACUCGUUGUACUCGAUGAUGUGAGCGCAUUAGAGCAAGUAAAUGCCCUAUGUGGAAAACAUAAAUGUUUUGGUACCGGGAGUGUAUUGAUUGUUACAUCCAGGGAUGUACGCAUACUUAAGUUACUUGAAGUUGACCAUGUCUAUAGCAUGACGGAAAUGGACGAAUAUGAGUCCCUCGAGCUUUUCAAUUUACAUGCUUUUAGAAAGUCAAGUGCAAAAGAAGACUUCAAUCAACUGUCAAGAAGCAUAAUUGAUUAUUGUGGAGGAUUACCACUAGCUCUUGAAGAAAUUGGAUCUUACUUAUUUGAUAGGACAAAACAACAGUGGAAAAGUACACUAUCAAACUUGAGGAGAAUUCCUAAUGAUAAAGUGCAAAAAAAACUGAAAAUAAGCUAUGAUGGUUUAGAUUGUGAUUCCGAAAGGGGUAUAUUUCUUGACAUUUGUUGUUUCUUUAUCGGAAAGAAGAGAGCCUAUGUUUCAGAGAUUCUAGAUGGUUGUGGACUUAAUGCUGAUAUGGGAAUAACUAUCCUCAUAGAGCGGAGCCUUCUAAAAGUCGAAAAGAAUGAUAAACUUGGAAUGCAUGGUUUACUACGAGACAUGGGAAGAGAGAUUGUUUGUAAAAGAUCAGAAGAGGAGCUUGGGAAGCGUAGUCGAUUGUGGUCUGAUGAGGAUGUACAUGAUGUUUUGAAUCAAAAUUGUGGAACAAAAUUUGUGGAAGGAUUGGUUUUGAAGUCCCAAAGCACCGAAAAUGUUAGCUUCAAUGCUGAUUCUUUCAAGAAGAUGAACAAUUUGAGACUUUUGCAACUUGAUCAUGUUGAUCUUACUGGAGACUUUUAUCAGGAAAAUCUAGCUGUUUUUGAGUUAAAACACAGCAAUAUUAAACUGGUCUGGAAUGAAACUAAGUUGAUGAAUAAGCUGAAAAUUCUCAAUCUCAGUCAUUCCAAGCACUUGACAAGCACCCCAGACUUUUCAAAAUUACCAAAUCUAGAAAAGCUCAUUAUGAAGAACUGUCCAAACUUGUCCAAGUUACACCACUCGAUUGGGGAUCUCAAGAAUAUUCUACUGCUCAAUCUGAAGGACUGUACAAGUCUUGCCAGUCUCCCAGAGGUGAUAUAUCAGUUGAAAUCAUUGAAAACUCUAAUCUUUUCUGGUUGUUCAAAGAUUGACAAGUUGGAAGAAGACAUAGUCCAGAUGGAAUCCUUGACAACACUGAUCGCAAAAGAUACAGGUGUAAAAGAGAUGCCAUACUCAAUACUAGGAUUGAAAGGCAUCGCAUAUAUAUCCCUAUGUGGAUGUGAAGGAUUGUCAUUUGAAGUUCUUCCUUCUGUCAUUUGGUCUUGCGUGCCACCAACCAUGAAUUCUUCACCUCGUAUUUCCCCAUUUGAUAACCAAUACGAUGUAGAUUUUACUGAAUCGGAAACAUCACAAAUCUCAAACCUUCCUUUGAGACCGCUUUUGAUUGGAAUAGGAAGUUGCCACAUUGUCAUUGAUAUUCUUAGCAGGAGCAUAUCACAGGGAUUAACAAGCAAUGAUUCAGGCCAUUUUUCUCUUCCGGUCGGUGACAAUUAUCCUUCUUGGUUAGCCUAUAGAUGUGAUGGACCUUCAACACAAUUUCACGUUCCUGAGAAUAUUGAUUGUCACUUGAAGGGAAUAAUCUUAUGUGUUGUUUAUUCAUCAGCACCUGAAAACAUGGGAGCCGAAUGUCUUAUUAGUGUCUUGAUUGUUAAUUACACAAAAUUCACCAUCCAGAUAUACAAGCGAGGUACAUUGAGGUCCUUUAAUGAUGAAGAUUGGAAGAAUGUAACAUCAAAUCUUGGACCAGGUGACAAAGUGGAGAUUUUUGUACUUUUUGGGUGUGGAUUGAUUGUUAAGGAGACAGCUGUCUAUCUACUUUAUGGUCAGUCAAUUACUACGGAAUUCGAACAAUCUAUUUUCAUGGAAGUUGAGCCAUCAACUAACAUGGAAAUGGAGCCAUCAGCGGAAUUGAACGUGCAGCCGUCACCUAAAGUGAGCAUGCAACCAUCACCUAACGUGAAAGUGGAGGCAUUAAUUACUAUGGAAAUUGAACAAUCAAUUACUGUGGAAGUUGAGUCAUUGACUAACAUGGAAAUGAAGACAUCGGAGGAAGUGAACUUGCAACAGUCACCUAAAGUGGACGCGGAAGCAUCAAUUACUAUGGAAAUUGAACAGUCAAUUACUAUGGAAGUUGAGUCCUCAACUAUCGUGGAAAUGGUGCCGUUAGCCGAAGUAAACGUGCGUCCGCCACCUGAAGUGGACAUGCAACCUUCACCAAAGCCGAAUAAUAGUAGCUUUACAAGACUUGCAAAAAGAAUAGGUGCAUGCUUAUGCUUCAACCACCAGAGUUAAAGGUUUGAACAAUUUUGAUUGGGUAUGCCUUUGUCUUACAAUGGGAUUCCCUUGUUUCAUGUUUCUCAAUAUUUUUUCGGAGGGAGGAGGGAUAUCCCUUUCUUUUAUAAGCAUAAAAAGGGGAAUUCGUGUGCUUGCUAUUUGUUUCGAUUAAUGAGAUUAUAAAGCCAUAAUGAAAUAUUUACUUGAGCACGAUAAUUUUAGGUCCUUUCAUUUCUUUUA